AUUCAGCUCUGUAAAAGUUUCAGAUCAGUCUGCUGUCUGACUGCUCAUAUAGGUGUCGGUGAUGGCUGCAGAAACCCAGACGUGCUACGAGGGUCAAGGUGUCCAGAACUUUCAGUUUUUAGGUAAAAGCUGUCUGGAUGUGCUCGGUGUUGGAAGUGGUGGAGGGGAGAUGGAUGUGAAGAUGAUUUCACUACUGCAGUCUGUCUGUCCUGAUGUGUCUAUCACUGCAGACAUUGUAGAAGGCAGCACUGACCUCAUUGGAAAAUUUAAAGGGUCUGUAGCAACGUCUGCCACCCUUCAGAAGAUCCCAUUUGCUUGGCACAUUAUGACUAGUGAAGAGUACGAGAAGCAAGUCCAGGCCGGGGGAAACGCAAAGAAAUUUGACUUCAUACACAUGAUUCAGAUGCUCUACUACGUGAAGGACCUUCAACAAACCAUCAAGUUCUUCCACAGCCUCCUGAAAAACAACAGUCGCAUUCUGGUUGUCAUAAAAGCAGCCAACAGUGGCUGGGGCAUCCUGUGGAGCACCUACAGCAAGGAGCUCUGCAUGAAAAGCAUCUCUGACUACCGCUCAGCAAAAGACCUUGUUGCCUGUCUGAAGAGCCUGGGUCUGAAAUAUGAGGAGCACACCAUUCCCAACAGCUUUGACAUCACCGACUGUUUGGACCCAAGCAACAAGGUGGGAGCACGUCUGCUGAACUUCAUGACAGACCAGGAUAAUUUCCAUCAGUCGUUCACCCCAGAGGUCCGCGCUGGUAUCUUGGACCUUCUCAGGAACAAGUGCAGCACUGAGAAGGAUGGGAGGGUGAUGUUUAACAGCACUCUGGCCUGCAUACUCAUUCACAAUUGAGUUAUUCCUCUUGUAACACCGAGGAUACACAUCUGAGCAACCAGAAUGAAGCUGAGACACUACUGAAUGUCGUAUUUCUAUAGAAAUUACAGUUACCUUAAAAUAUAGUGACAUUUAACUCAAUAGUGCUGUGGUUAUUGAAAAAUUAAUAUCAACCAGCACAAAAUUUGGAAAUCACCUGAC